AUGCCCAGCUCCACUGCGAUGGCAGUUGGCGGGCUCUCCAGUUCCCUCCUGGUCACCUGCUGCCUGAUGGUGGCUCUGUGCAGUCCGAGCAUCCCGCUGGAGAAGCUGGCCCAGGCGCCGGAGCAGCCAGGCCAGGAGAAGCGCGAGCACGCGUCUCGGGACAGCCCGGGGCGGGUGAGCGAGCUCGGGCGCCCAGCGAGGGACGAGGGCAGCAGCGGCCGGGACUGGAAGAGCAAGAGCGGCCGAGGGCUGUCUGGCCGGGAUGCGUGGAGCAAGCAGAAGCAGGCCUGGGGCGCCCAGGUUGGGGGCGCCAAGGCCGGGGACCUGCAGGUCCGGCCCCGCGGGGACACCCCGCAGCCGCCCGCCGCAGCCCAGGACGCUACCAGCCCGGAACUCGCACCCACGCCGGAGCCUCCGGAGGAGUACGCGUACCCGGACUACCGCGGCAAGGGCUGUGUGGACGAGAGCGGCUUCGUAUACGCGAUCGGGGAGAAGUUCGCGCCGGGCCCCUCGGCUUGCCCGUGCCUGUGCACAGAGGAGGGGCCGCUGUGCGCUCAGCCAGAGUGCCCGCGGCUGCACCCGCGCUGCAUCCACGUCGACACGAGCCAGUGCUGCCCGCAAUGCAAGGAGAGGAAGAACUACUGCGAGUUCCGGGGCAAGACCUACCAGACUUUGGAGGAGUUCGUGGUGUCUCCGUGCGAGAGGUGUCGCUGCGAGGCCAAUGGGGAGGUGCUGUGCACAGUGUCGGCAUGCCCCCAGACGGAGUGCGUGGACCCCGUGUACGAGCCUGACCAGUGCUGCCCAAUCUGCAAAAACGGUCCAAACUGCUUUGCAGAAACAGCUGUCAUCCCGGCCGGCAGGGAAGUGAAGACGGACGAGUGCACCAUCUGCCACUGCACCUACGAGGAAGGCACGUGGCGGAUUGAGCGGCAGGCCAUGUGCACGAGACACGAGUGCCGGCAAAUGUAGACGCUCGCCAUCCAGAAACUCCGCGUUUUCUAGAACAUUUCACUGGGGUGAGCAUUCUGGAGACUCUGGGAAAUAUCAAUGAGGAGAAGACUUUUGAUGAGGAAAGAUGGAAAACCGUUGGUUCUUCUGCUUUUCUUGAUAACAAUGACUACAAGAGAAGGCAAUGGAUAUAUUUCAAAACGUCCAAAGAACUUUGGGCAUACAGUUCCUCUCUAAAUAAAUGUGCUAUUUUCACAGUAAGUACACUACAGUACACUAUUAUAUAUGAAAUGUAUUUCUAUAAUCCCUCAAUUAGAAGGCUUAUAUAAAUGUUUUCUAUAGAUACAGAUUAAAAUUGCUGUGUGGUCACCCGUCCUCACUGUGUACCUGCAUAUCUUUUUCAGUUCUGAUCCAUCCCAUGCAAAGGUUCCUGAUCGCCAGCUCUCCUUCACAUCUUCACAUGCGGUAGUGCACGCACUCACAGGUCGCAAGAUAAUAGGACUGAUUUAUACUGAACCUUGUCCGCAUUCCAUUUAAUUACAAAAAGCUAAUGUUUAUCCUCAGAAAAUCCAGUGUAAUUCACCUAAACCUAUUGUUUCUUUCUUAUAGUAACAGACUGCUUUUACCAGCUUCACUCUCAGUGAUUUGGGAAAUGCAGGUAUACAUAUAAACAUGGUUUUUCAG